GACCCCGCGGCCCGCCCAGUGGCGCUGACGGGCGUGUGCCUGCUCCCCGCAGAACAUGGUGAUGAGUUUCCGAGUGUCCGACCUGCAGAUGCUCCUGGGCUUCGUGGGCCGGAGUAAGAGCGGGCUGAAGCACGAACUGGUGACCCGCGCGCUGCAGCUGGUGCAGUUCGACUGCAGCCCCGAGCUGUUCAAGAAGAUCAAGGAGCUGUACGAGACGCGCUACGCCAAGAAGAGCGCGGAGCCCAGGCUGCUUUGGCUGCAUCCUGUUCCCGGUGGAACAUGCACUUCCUUCCUCGGCUCAGAAUGUUUCUGUGAUGCUGUCUGGUGGUCUGGUGAGGGAAGGGUCAGGCUUGUAACCACGUGGCUUCCGUCCUCGCACAGAACCUCUCCUACUAGCAGUGGAGGGCGAGGCCCAUGUCCCCCGGCCUCCACGCCCUCCCCACCUUCCGCCAGCGAGCUGCAGCCUCUGCUGCCUUUGUUCUGCGCCUCCGGAGGUCACUCCUCCUCUUACCGUGUCUGCCGCCGUGGCGCAGCGCAGGGCAGGCUGGGGGCAGCAGGGGCUGUACUACACGAGGCCGGGCUCCGCUCCCCAGCCAGGCCUCACAGCCUCCCAGGUCUCCGCGAGCGGCCCCGGGCGGUGCCCUCCACCCCUCACGUCUGUCCAGCCGGCUUCCCUUUUCCUGCCCUGAUCUGGAGGGGCAGGCCGGGGAGCCCACACCCCGAGGGCACCCUGACCCGCCCGCCUGCUUCAGUCCCACAGAACAACGAGAAGCUGCAGGAGAGCCCGUGCAUCUUCGCGCUGACGCCGAGGCAGGUGGAGCUGAUCCGGAACUCCAGAGAGCUGCAGCCCGGGGUCAAGGCGGUGCAGGUCGUCCUCAGGUGAGUGUCCAUGUGGCCGCCGCCCACCUCCCGCGCCCCCACCGCGGCCCCUCCACCUGUUUCUAAUAUCUGCUACUCGGACACCAGCCGCCCGCAGGAGGACCAGUACCCGCCCGGCAUCGCCGUGAAGGUCAACCACAGCUACUGCUCCGUGCCGGGCUGCUACCCCUCCAACAAGCCCGGGGUGGAGCCCAAGAGGCCCUGCCGCCCCAUCAACCUCACCCACCUCAUGUACCUGUCCUCGGCCACCAACCGCAUCACCGUCACCUGGGGCAACUACGGCAAGAGCUACUCCGCACUGGUCAAGGAGAAGCUGCGCCUGGACCCCGACAGCGAGAUCGCCACGACGGGCGUGCGGGUCUCCCUCGUCUGCCCGCUGGUGAAGAUGCGGCUGUCGGUCCCCUGCCGUGCGGAGACGUGUGCGCACCUGCAGUGCUUCGACGCCGUCUUCUACCUGCAGAUGAACGAGAAGAAGCCCACCUGGAUGUGCCCGGUGUGCGACAAGCCGGCCCCCUACGACCAGCUCAUCAUCGACGGGCUGCUCUCGAAGAUCCUGAGUGAGUGCGAGGACGCGGACGAGAUCGAGUUCCUGGCAGACGGCUCUUGGUGCCCGAUCCGCGCCGAGAAGGAGCGCAGCUGCAGCCCGCAGGGCCCCAUCCUUGUGCUCGGCACCUCGGACGCCAGCGGGCUCCUGCCCCCGCCCAGCGUCAACGGCGGGGCGCUGGGCUGCACGGGCGGAGGGGGCAUCAAGGGCCUGGUGCCAGCCUGCUGCCCGCUGGCCGCGGCUGCGGACACGCGGCUUUCCUGGUGCUCACACGCAGAGGGGCGUGGCCGGCCUCGGGCGCAGGUGGAGGAGUGA